CCUCUGUCAGCAAUUGUUGGAUUUUUUCCAUUGUUUUUAGUUUGCGAUUCUUCCUGUGAAUUCUUAGAGCUGUUUAAAGAAUGGUAUACGAAUGCUUCACAUUCAUUGGGAAGAGACAGAAGAGCGUAAUAAGAGGCUACAGCUGCAAUCCUUUGCACACUUACCUGAGAGGAACUCUCACUGGGAUGGGGAAGUGGGGGCCUUCUGUGCUUGUGAAAGCAUUUCCACUGCUCCUGCUGCAGAACUGAUAGACUCUUUGUUUCUGGAUCUCUCUCUUUUUAUAUCCAGGAAAUGAACGGGGUGCUGAAGAACAUGUUGUCAGAAUGGUUUUCCACAGCAUUCCUAACCCUGGAGCGAGUUACAUGGCAGUCGCCUUGUGAGAUUCUCCAAAAGAUUAGUGACAGUGAAGCCGUGCAUCCCGUUAGAAACUGGGUAGACAUGAAGCGCCGAGUUGGGUCUUAUAGAAGGUGCUAUUAUUUUGCCCACUGUGCAAUACCCGGAGAACCGUUGAUAGUUUUGCAUGUUGCACUUACAGAUGAGAUAUCCAGCAAUAUCCAGGCCAUCGUGAAAGAGGCUCCUUCUCAAGAAGUGGAGAAUUUGAACAAAAUUACCACAGCAAUUUUCUAUUCAAUCAGUUUGACUCAACAGGGCCUGCAGGGUGUGGAGCUGGGAACGUACCUCAUCAAGCGAGUUGUUAAGGAACUGCAGAUGGAAUAUCCCCAGAUCAAAGUCUUCUCUACGCUUUCUCCCAUUCCGGGGUUCACCAAAUGGCUUGUCGGGCUCCUCUCCGCACAGUCCAAAGAAAAAGGGAGAAGCAAUCUCUUCACAGACCCUGAAUACCAAGAAAUUUCCGAGAUUGCGGGCGAACCUGCUCUCGAAAUUCUAAAGCGCCUCUUCACGAACAGUGAGUGGGUGAGGUCCGAAAGACUAGUCCAAGUGCUAGAGCAGCCGCUCAUGAGGCUGUGUGCGUGGUACCUGUAUGGAGAGAAGCACCGUGGCUACGCCCUCAAUCCGGUGGCCAACUUCCACCUGCAAAACGGCGCAGUGCUUUGGCGAUUGAACUGGAUGGCGGACGUGAGCCCCCGUGGCAUCGCCGCAUCUUGCGGCAUGAUGGUCAACUACCGUUAUUUCUUGGAAGACACCGCGAGCAAUAGUGCCACGUAUCUCGGAAUGAAGCAGAUCAAAGCCUCAGAGCAGGUCCUCUCCUGGGUGACUCAGUUUCAGCAGAAUAGCAAACUGUAAAUAAACAGGGCAGCAUCCAGGAGUAAAUACCUGUUUCACCUGAAUGGGAAUUUUGGGGUGCUUGUGUUUUAAAAAAGAGGAAAUACUGCUGGCACAUCAGGACACCUUGUCCCUGAUCUGAGAAGGGACAGUUCCAGCACCGAACUGUCAGGUGCUGCUUGGUGCCUUGGUGCACUUUUUCAGAGCAGAAGAAGUGCUGUCUCAUGUUGAGGGUCCUUCCAGUGAACAGAACAGGUUAGGCAAACUCCUUAGUGGGGUGGCACCUCUGUAGUGACUCUUAAGAACCGUGUUGUCCCUACCUUUGCUCACCAAAUCAAUAGCCUUGUUUAAUCCACAACUUCAAAAGAGUCUUGAACACCUGAGCACUGUGGCACGUUAAAGGGAGAGGUAGAUCGAUACCAGGGUUAAGAGAUAAGAGAAGCAAGUAAGGACAGACUUCCUGUCCAAAUGCGCAGACAAGAGUGCAUCGGCGAAUGCUUCUCCAAUAGGAUGUUUGCUUCACAUACCCUUCCUUGCUGUCCCUUGCUUAAUUCUUUGAUCAGGCUGCCCACUUCAGCACAGCACAAAAUGCGGCCACGGAGCAGUUGCUUUUCUCCAGUGGAGCCCUUGAAGCACCUUGUGCGUGUUGGUGUGUUUUGGCUCCAUCUUGAGUGCUCUCCAGACCACAGUUGGGGGGAGUGAAGUGUCUACAUCUUUUCAACAGCUUUGGCUUACAGUUUCACAAGUGAAAUCAACCCUUAAACAAUUGAAGAAAAUGCUUUGUUAGAAAGGGUUUUACCAUGUUUGCAGGGUUGCUUUUAAACUUACCUGAUGAUAUUUUAAAAUUUAAAAAGGCGGAGAAGCCUGAAAUGCACUACAUUAAAAAGUAUGCUUUGCCAUAUAAACAGCCUUCUCUCCUGCGUAUAGUGUGGCUUACCUGUUGGAGGAUUCUUUUUGUGCUUCCAGGGUUCCUCUGUUCCCACUUACCUUCACUCCCUGUGACUACAGGAGCAUUAUUGAGUUUGCUGUUAGUACAUAGGCUUAUGACUCAGUUGUCUACUCAGGUUGAAAAGAAAAAAAUUCUGUUUCAGAGCUUACAGUAUGCACCGCAAUAGAAUGAUUCAAAAACUUUGUAUUCACUGUACGUGGCCCAUGUUACAAAGUCAUUUUUUACCAAGCAGUUUGCCUGGAAGGAUCAGGUACCUUUGCCACCAUUUUGUGAUUGCAUCUCUCUCCCUCUCCCUCUCCCUCUCCC